AUGAAGUCCCACACGCCCCUGUCCAGUGUGAAGUCCCACACGCCUCUGCCCAGUGUGAAGUUCCACAGUCACUUGUCCAGUAUGAAGUCCCACACGACCCUGUCCAGUAUGAAGUCCCACACGACCCUGUCCAGUAGGAAGUCCCACACGCCCCUGUCCAGUAUGAAGUCCCACACGCCUCUGUCAAGUUUGAAGUCCCACACGCCUCUGUCCAGUAUGAAGUCCCACACGACCCUGUCCAGUAUGAAGUCCCACACGCCCCUGUCCAGUAUGAAGUCCCACACGCCUCUGUCCAGUAUGAAGUCCCACACGCCUCUGUCCAGUAUGAAGUCCCACACGCCCCUGUCCAGUAUGAAGUCCCACACGCCUCUGUCCAGUAUGAAGUCCCACACGCCUCUGUCCAGUAUGAAGUCCCACACGCCCCUGUCCAGUAUGAAGUCCCACACGCCCCUGUCCAGUAUGAAGUCCCACACGCCUCUGUCCAGUUUGAAGUCCCACACGCCUCUGUCCAGUAUGAAGUCCCACACGACCCUGUCAAGUAUGAAGUCCCACACGCCCCUGUCCAGUUUGAAGUCCCACACGCCUCCGUCCAGUAUGAAUUUUUUUUUUUUUAAGUCCCACACGACCCUGUCCAGUAUGAAGUCCCACACGCCCCUGUCCAGUAUGAAGUCCCACACGCCUCUGUCCAGUUUGAAGUCCCACACGCCUCUGUCCAGUAUGAAGUCCCACACGACCCUGUCAAGUAUGAAGUCCUACAUGCUCCUGUCCAGUAUGGAGUCCCACACGCCUCUGUCCAGUAUGAAGUCCCACAAGCCCCUGUCCAGUAUGAAGUCCCACAGUCACCAGCCCAAUAUGGAGUCCCACACGCCUCUGUCCAGUAUGAAGUCCCACACGCCUCUGUCCAGUAUAAAGUCCCACACGACCCUGUCCAGUAUGAAGUCCCACACGCCCCUGUCCAGUAGGAAGUCCCACACGCCUCUGUCCAGUAGGAAGUCCCACACGCCCCUGUCCAGUAUGAAGGCCCACACACCCCUGUCCAGUAUGAAGGCCCACACACCCCUGUCCAGUAUGAAGGCCCACACACCCCUGUCCAGUAUGAAGGCCCACACACCCCUGUCCAGUAUGAAGGCCCACACACCCCUGUCCAGUAUGAAGGCCCACACACCCCUGUCCAGUAUGAAGGCCCACACACCCCUGUCCAGUAUGAAGGCCCACACACCCCUGUCCAGUAUGAAGGCCCACACACCCCUGUCCAGUAUGAAGGCCCACACACCCCUGUCCAGUAUGAAGCCCCACACGCCCCUGUCCAGUAUGAAGGCCCACACACCCCUGUCCACUUUGAAAUCCCACACACCCCUGUCCAGUAUGAAGUCCCACACACCCCUGUCCAGUAUGAAGCCCCACACGCCCCUGUCCAGUAUGAAGGCCCACACACCCCUGUCCAGUAUGAAGGCCCACACACCCCUGUCCAGUAUGAAGCCCCACACGCCCCUGUCCAGUAUGAAGGCCCACACACCCCUGUCCAGUAUGAAGCCCCACACGCCCCUGUCCAGUAUGAAGGCCCACACACCCCUGUCCAGUAUGAAGGCCCACACACCCCUGUCCAGUAUGAAGCCCCACACGCCUCUGUCCACUUUGAAGUCCCACACACCCCUGUCCAGUAUGUCAACACGUCCUACUCAGUGA